AUCCGACCAAUUUUGGGCAUCUCGACAACAUGCGUCGCGGAUGUUAAUGAAUAUGCACUUUCUAUCAGCAUUGAAAGUUUAUCGAUAUUCCAAUUAUAUGGUAGCAGAUAGUCGAUAAGUAACGAGUUAUAUAUUAGUCCUAGAGCUAUUUAAAACUGUCCCUCUUAUAUUACAACUGAUAAAUUAUGGAUAGCAUCGCUAAAUCGUAGUGAAUGACCUAUGAAUAUGCUCUUUACAUAGUACCACCUAUAGAUAGCUCCAAUAUGCUAACUAUUGAGAGUUGUAGGUACUUUUAUAAAUGUUUAUUUAGUUUUAUAAAUUUCUAAAAAAAGUUUUAUUUCAUAGGAAAAUGUAUAGUUUAACUUUAAAAAGUUUAGAGUUAAAGUGCAAGCUCUACUUCCACUACGGUAUAAUUGUACACAAACUGUGCUGCAGCUGUAGUAUGAGUAGAUUCUAGCUAUACUCCAACUGUACUCCAGCUGUACUCCACCCGUACUCCAGCUGUACUCCAAUUUGUUUUUGAAGUAGAGUGAGUCUCGCUUUUUCCCCUUUGAGUGCUUCGUACCGCAUUAAAUCUUGCUAUGUGAAAGACAAGAAACAUUUUCUAUUGAUAGUAAUAAUGAAGAGUUUGCUUCUGGUUCAUAGAAAUAUCAUCACAAUAAGCAUUAGGAAUUUAAUUUAAUGAUCAUGCUUCAAUCAUUUAUCAUAGAGAAUUUCGACACUAUAAUAUGAAAAGAGGAAUACCCGAAAAGUAACGUUAGAAAGUGAAUAUGAGUUUGAAGGAAAAAGCACAGAUGAAAAAUUGAUUGAUCUAAGAAGUCUGUCGAUUACAGUAAAAGGUCUUUAAAAGAUAGAUUGCUUUGGCAUAGAAAAUGAUACUCUUCAACUUACAGUUGAGCAGAAAAAGGGAAAAAAUGAGAUUUGAUUAUAUGAAUGAGAUUGAACAAUAUUAUGGACACUGGUAUGAAAUAUUUUAUAAUAGUUUAGAAUCCUUCAUCUGCUCAAAUAAUCAGAUUCGACACAUGCAGAGAAGACACCUUAAAAAACUUAAUAUAUCUGAAAAAUGUUUCCCAAGAGAGCUAAAAAUAUCGACUGAUCUUCACCUAAAUUACAUGGCACUUUUGCAAAUUUAAACACUUUUUAAAAUAUUUCAAUAGUACGCAUAAUCAUCAUAGAAAAGAGGAUAUUGACUUGAGUUUUUAUUGCAAAGAAAUGGUAGCGAGGAAGAAAGUUUCAAUCCCGAACCACGAUUAUUCAUGAAGAUAUGAUCGAUGAUCAUAAAAUAAAAGAAUUAUAAUAUUGAAUUAAUGACUUAUAAAACAAUGAUAUUCGUUUUUAUCAGAGAUUAGAUAGUUGUGGUAGAGUAAAAGAUCUUGAAGAUGAAAGUGUUUGUUCUCGUUUAAGAAAAGGAUAGAUGACUUUGGCUCAUCAUUAACAAAAUUAGAUGACGUACAAAAUGCUGCUGAUUUUAUCGUUGUUUGGGUUUAUUCUGAUGACGCUCCGAAUGAAUUAAAAAACGUUGUUGAUCAUUCAGAGAAAUUUGAUUCAAAUAGUGAUGCUCUCAAACAUAUACAACGUUAUAAAAGUGAACGAAAAAUUCUUCUUAUAUUGACAGAUUUCGAAUCCCUACCAGAUUAUAAAAAUUUGAUUCAAAUUCAAUCGAUUUAUGUUUUCGAAAAAACACAUGAAAACAUUCAGUUUGAAAAAAAAGAUCAUCCAAAAUUAGUUGGUAUAUUCAAAAAUAUCGAUCAAUUGAUAGAUCGAUUACAUAAAGAUGUAAUAUUAGCACGUAGUGACUUACCAAUAAGUUUUUCUUCUUUAAAUGAAAUAAAAAUUGAACACUCUUUAACGAAUUUACUUGGAAAUACAUUGCAAUUCUUGUGGAAUCAGUGGAUUUUUUAUUAUAUGGUAAAACCUUCAACGAUGGAUAUGGACAAAUUACGGGAAGAUAUGUUAAGCCAAUGUCGAUUGGAAUACGAACAUGAUCAAAGAGAAAUCGAAAAGAUCAAUGAUUUUGGUCGAAAUUGUUCAGAUGACAAUAUAUUACAAUGGUAUACGAGAGACUCGUUUUUAUAUCGACUUUUAAAUAAAGCAUUUCGUACACGAAAUAUUGAAUUAAUUUGUAAAUUUCAAUAUUAUAUUAUUUUGUUAUAUAAAAAAUUUCAAGAUUUAUCAAAACAACAACAACAAAGUCCUUCAGUUGUUUAUCGCGGACAAAGUCUUAAUAAACAUACCAUUACGACGUUGAAAUCGAACGUUGGACAUUUGAUUUCAAUAAAUACAAUUAUGUCAACAUCAUGUGAUGAAGAAGUCGCUCGUUCUUUUAUUUUUGGAGCUACACAUGGUGUUAUUUUUAAAAUUAAUAUACAAAAUCAAACUUCUUAUGUAUCCAAACAAUUUAUUGAUAUAUCUCAUUUUAGUUCGAUGUCAGAAGAAAAAGAAAUUUUAUUCUUUGCUGGAACUAUCUUCUCUAUUGAUUCUGUUAAACAAGAAAAUGUAUCAACAUGGUUUAUUGAACUUACAUUAAAAGACGAAGUAUUGAAACACAUUGAAAAACUGACUUCAGAAUUUGGAUUGUUCAUCGAGUUUCCCUUGAUGAAGUGUCAUUCAUUUAUAGAAACGGAUGACUUUAAUAUGAUCGAUCGAUAUUAUUCAAUGUUAACAGGACAAAUAUUUUCAUUAAAGAAUAACACUACAACUAUGAUAUACCUUUAUAUUGCUUUUUCAUUUAGUAAUCUAGGUUUCUUUGAGCGAGCUAUUCAGUUUUAUGAGCAAGCAAUGUCCGUAGGAAAGUUUUCCAUUGACAGUCCUGAAUCGAAAGUUCUUCAUAUAAUCAUUGGUUAUCUUUAUUCUCAUUUAUCUAAAUACGAUGAAGCCUUUAUUCAUUAUGGUAUUGUUUUGUCACUCUUAACUGAAACUGAUUUAUUAACAAGUGAACUGUAUAAUCAUAUUGGUGAUGUUCACAAUAAAGUUAAAAAUGAUGACAUUGCAUUAUCAUGUUAUAAAGAAUCAUUGAAAAUUGCAAAUUAUCAAGAUAUUCCUUCUUUACCAAAUAUUUAUCAAAAUAUCAUCGGUAUACUUAGCAAAAAGAGAAAUUUUGAAGACGCUUUUGUCUACAAAGAACAAGAAAAACAUAUCGAUCAAAGCCAGUAUCAUAUAUCAACAGAAACAUUAGAUGAUCCGAAAUUAUUAAAAUGUAGAAGUCAAUUAGAGAAUCUUAGUAACCUUACACCAAGACAACGUGCUGAUUUAUUAUAUAAAAUCGGUUUAUGUCUUAUAAAAAAAGGUGAUUUUCAUGAAACCUUGAAGAAUCUUUUAGAGGCAAAAGAAUUAUUUCUCGAAGAAUCACCAUCAUGGGGUUUGUUUCUUCGAAGGCUGCCAAGGCUAUUUGAUAAUAUUGCACUCCUUUAUUUAUUUCUUAACGAUCAUUUAAAAGCGUUAAUAAUGUGGAAGAAAACUCUUGAUAUACGUAGUCCUUUUGGUUCAUAUUAA